UCAGUAGUGAUUCAGGCUACACAGUUAUCGUUGGCCGUAGAUAACUUGGCCGCGUGUUAUCUCCGCGUAACUCGACCACAAUAUGGGUGUUCCAUUGUGUGGGUCAUAAGAUUUAGACAAAGAAAGAGACUCACUAUGAAUUCUUAAUACUUACCGACAGCCAAAAUAAAAAUGCAAUAAGGAAAAUCUUUACACCUGAGUCAUUGUCGAAUUAUUUGCAUUUCUUAUCGAUUACACAAUCAAGGAAUUGAUAGUGUUGACUUAAGUUAUCAGCAUGAAUACAAAAUAAAUACCUACUUUUAGUAUUGUGUUUGCUGUAAAGCAAGUGAGUCACGUGAUAAGAUAAGCCAUAGAUACACACAGCUCGUGCAGCUCAGCUGAGGUGUCCACCGCCAGUACUCAGCUGUUAUCAGGCACGCAACCACACCACUGACACACAUUACGUCAAGUUCCGAAUACCUUAUAAUCCAGUAGUUAUAGUGUCAAAACGAUAAAACUCUGCAUACUAAAGUUUAGCUCGAUGACAAAGGGUCUGUGCCAAAGCUGCUUUUAUAAGACAUGAAGUGGUUCACCCCCGCGGUAGUGUUGUGUGCGCUGGCGCAGCUGUGCGCAUGCGCGCGGGUGCUGGUCGUGUUCCCCGUGGCCAGCCGCAGUCACACGCUGCUCGGAGACCACCUCGUCAACACUCUGCUCCAUGGAGGACAUAAUGUGACGUACAUAACGACAUUUACUAGAGUGAAGGCUGCGGAGCGGCUCGCGGUGCUCGACAUUAGCUCUGUCACCGAACAUGACACGGAACAGGACAGCGUCUCCUGGGUGUCCGAGCUGCCGUGGCUGCAGUCCCCGCGCGUGCUGCAGGCGGGCGCGCGCACAGCACAGCGCGCGCUGCGGCACCCGCGCGUGCAGGCGCUGCUGGCCGACCCCGCGCACCAGUACGACCUCGUGCUCGCCGAGUGGUACUACAGCGGACUGCUGGCGCCGCUAGCCGCUGUGUUCGAGUGUCCGCUGGUGUGGUACAGCGCGGUGGACGCGUGCUGGCUGAACGUGCAGCUGGUGCACGAGCCCACCAGCCCCACGUACUUCGUGGACCCCAUGGCCCGCUCCCUGCCCGCCAUGCCGCCCAGCGUGCCCGACCGCCUGUACAGGAUCGCGAGACAGGCGUAUCUCUCCACCUGGGUAUACUACAUGACGCAGUACGUGGAGGCCCCCGCGUACUACGAGGUGUACCAGCCGGCUAUGGAGCGGCGCGGGCGCUCGCCGCCGCCGUACGAGGAGGCGGUGCGCGGCGGCGCGCUGCUGCUGCUCAACUCGCAGCCGCUGCUGGGCCAGGCCGCGCCGCUGCCGCACAGCGCCAAGUACGUCGGCACUCAUCAUCUAGAAGGAGCCCAGCUUGCGCUGCCUAAGAAGUUACAAGCUAUAGUGGAGGAUGCUCAGCACGGCGUGAUCUACGUGAACCUGGGCGGGGCAGUGAGCGAGCAGCUGCCGCCGGAGACGACGCAGGAGCUGCUGCGCGUGUUCCGGCAGCUGGAGCAGACCGUGGUGUGGCGCCACCGCGGGCAGCUCCCCCACGUGCCCGGGAAUGUGCACCUGCUGGAGCGAGUGCCGCAUCUCGCUCUGCUCAGUCACCCAAAGACCGUAAUGCUGAUCAGUCAUGGCGGCUUCCUGGCGUACAUGGAGGCGAUGUACCACGGCGUGCCACUCAUCGGGCUGCCUCUCAAGGAAGACCAGUUCCUCACCAUGGAUCUGGUGGUGUCCAGGGGGCGAGGACUCCGGGUGCCGCUCUCCGACAUGAUCGGGUACCGGCUCAAGGAGGCGGUCAAUGAAAUACUCAGUAAUUACAGCUACCGAGGCAACGUGAAGGCGGUGUCGCAAAUACUGCAGAGGCCGCUGGUGCCCGCGAGCCAGGAGCUGCUGUACUGGGUGGAGCUGGUGGUGCGCAGCGAGGGCGCGCCGCACCUGCGCUCGCCCGCGCUGCGCCUCACGCUGCCCGAGCGCUGCCACCUCGACGUGGCCGCUGUGCUCGCCAUGCUGGCCUGGUUCCUCACCAAGGUGGCCAAACUCCUGAAGGUGUACUGGGAUGAUUACGGCACGGAUUGUGACGACCUCAUCGACAAGAAGAAUGAAUAAGUAGUGUUUCUUAGAAAUGUGUGUGUGAAGUGUCGAUAGGGGGUUACUUGCGGUGCUUUAACAUGACACUAAAGAUAACCACGCAAUAUUGAGCGACAGAUUUCGACGUAAUGUUCCAACUUAUCAUAUGUAGACUUAAUAAAUUAUUGUUUUGUA